ACUGAUAAAUGUUUGUAAAACAAUGCUUAUUAAUUAUUAUUCAAUAUUUCAAUUGUUUAAAAUAAUAUAAUAAUUAAAUAAUCUAUUAUGUUAGAUGUUUUUUAAAUUAUCUAUUUAAAGUUGUAAUUGAAUUUAUAUUAUUUACGGUUUUGUACAAGAUAUCAAUACUAUGAGUGAAACAUUAAGAAUAUUAAAAAAACAGUCUAAAAAAAGGAAAGAAAUGAUUGCAAAAAUACUAGGUUUCUCAAAUGUACAACAGUUAAGAGAAGCAUUAAAUCCUUAUAGAAAGAAAAAAAAUCAAACGCGCUCAAUUAAAAAAUAUAAUGCUAAAGUAACGAGUAUAGAACCAACUUUUGAGGAUUCAAUACCAUUUCUUAAAGAUACAAUAUUGUAUAAUCCACACAAUGAUUAUUGUCAGCAUUUUAUUGAUACUGGUCAACGUCCACAAAAUUUUAUUAGAGAUGUUCACAUUGACAACAGAUAUGAAGAAUUUCCUAAGCUAAAGGAAUUAGUUCAUUUAAAGGAUCAACUUGUAUUUGAAACUGCUGCUCCUCCAAUGUUUCUAAAGUGUAAUCUUAGCACAUAUAAUUUAAAAAGUUUAAAUGUUAAAUUUGAUGUUAUACUUGUUGAACCACCUUUAGAAGAAUAUCAACAAACAUUAGGUAUAACCAGAAAAGAUCUAUGGAAUUGGAAACAAGUAAUGGACUUGAAAUUAAAUGAAAUAGCUGCUCGUCGUAGUUUUAUUUUUCUUUGGUGUGGUUCAUCUGAUGGUUUGGAUAAUGGUCGUGAUUGUUUACGUCACUGGGGUUUUAGGCGCUGUGAAGAUAUUUGUUGGAUUCAAACAAAUAUUAAAAAUUCUAACCAUUUAAAAUGUUUGGAACCAAAUGCUCUUUUCCAACGUACUAAGGAACAUUGUUUAAUGGGUAUCAAAGGGACAGUCCGUCGAUCUAUAGAUGGUGAUUUUAUUCACUCAAACAUUGAUACUGAUUUAAUUAUUAGUGAAAAGAAUGACUAUGGUUCAAUGGAAAAACCGGCAGAAAUAUUCAAUAUUAUAGAACAUUUUUGUCUCGGAAGAAGAAGAUUACAUCUAUUUGGUUGCGAUGGUAGUAUACGUCCAGGAUGGCUAACUCUGGGACAAGAAUUGACUAUUUCUAAUUUCAACAUUGAUUUAUAUCAAAGUUAUUUCAUCAAUGGUAAAUUAACAACUGGUUGUACAAAUCGUAUUGAAGAAUUAAGACCAAAGUCUCCUCCUUCUUUUAAUAAAUGCCAAAAUAAAUGAGAAAAGAUUUUUUUUAAGAAUAGAGAAUAGAAGUAUUAGAAUAAUAUAACAAUUAUUAAUUUAGUCUGAUACUUUAUUUAUGCACUGAUAACAUAUAAAUAUAAAUUAAACAUAUUAUUAUAUUUA